ACACGCACAGAGACAAUCUGAAAAUCUAGCGGUCUAGCGUCUUCGAAGUCCAUAGUAGUAAACAGUUGUAUGCUAGGCGAAGUUGUUUUUUAACACUCACCUUCUGUUGUUAAGGCAAGGUAUAGACGGCGAUGUUUCGGUGAGCAUCUGUUAGUGUUGAUUCUGCUGCAUUUUGCGUUUUAAAACAGGGAUCUUCGAGGACUGAACAGGCAACACAGUCCGUGUGUUGAGUCCGAGUCCAGUGACAGAUGUAGAAACUGUGACAAAGUGAUUACUUCGUAGCUGAUAUCUCUGCGAAAGAUCCGGGGAGGCCUGACGCCAUGGACGCCCCCUCCGUGACGCUCCUCCUGCUGCUCGGCCUCGUCCGCCUCGGCCCCUCGGCGGAGGUGCCUCCUAGCUGGGGACGGGCGCUGAGCUCCGACUCCCUCACCGAAGCCGCCCAGCAUGGACCUCAUAUAACUGAUUGUAUAUCUCGGGAGCAGGAGACCUUCAAGUGCUGGUGGACAGCUGGAAACUUCCAGAACCUCACGGAGCCUGGAGCCCUCAGGCUCUUCUACACCAUGAAGCCGCCACCCCAUUCCGAUUGGGAUGAGUGUCCGCAGUAUUCCUCCACCCGCCCCAAUGAGUGCCUCUUCCCCAAGGGCUACACCCACGUCUGGACGCCCUACUACGUGGAGCUGCGCUCCGUGGAGCCGAACGUCACCUACGACCAAACACACUUCUCGGUCCAAUACAUUGUGAAACCGGACGCCCCCAUCCAUCUGAACUGGACGCUGCUGAACGUCAGCCGCUCGGGACUCCACUUUGACAUCAUGGUUCAUUGGCAGUCGCCGCCCUCGGCCGGCACCGAAGUGGGCUGGAUGACCCUGGUCUACCAGGUCCAGUACCGACUGGUCAACGCAUCGCGCUGGGACACGCUCGACGAGGAGAGUGCCACCCACCAGACGAUCUACGCCUUACAAACCGACAAGACUUAUGAGGUGCGCGUGCGUUGCAAAAUGCGGACCUACGCAUUCGGGGAGUACAGUGAGAUCAUAACGGUGCGCGUGGAUGAGAUACCUACGAAAGAUGCGUCGUUCCCCAUGACACUGGUGAUGGUGUUCGGCGUGGUCGGCAUGGUGAUCCUGCUCAUGCUCAUCGUCUUCACUCAGCAGCAAAGGUUAACAGUGAUCUUUCUACCUCCUGUUCCAGCACCUAAGAUUAAAGGCAUUGACUCUGACCUUUUGAAGAAAGGCAAGCUGGACGACCUCAACUCCAUCAUGAGCGGCCAGCAGAUGUACAAGUUCUACGACGAGCCGUGGGUGGAGUUCAUCGAGCUGGACGUGGACGAGCCCAACGACAAGGCCGACGCCCCGGACACGCAGCACCUGCUGGGCGGCCACGCCGGCCACGGCGGCUGCCUGGGCUCGUCGCACGCGCUCGGCCUCAAGGACGACGACUCGGGCCGCGCCAGCUGCUACGACCCCGAGCUGCCCGCCGACGCCGAGGCCCUGCUGAUGGCCGCCCUGCUGCCCCCGACCGACCCGGCCAAGGUUCCGGCGGUGACCGGUUCCGCCGCCGUGGCCGGCAUCGCGUCCGGCCCGGGGACCCCGGCCGCGGGCGGUCCAGUCGGCUCCCAGCAGCAGCAGCAGCAGCCGUCGGCGGUCCAGUCCCAGGUCAGCUGCGGGCCGAACUGGGCCACCAUGGACUUCUACGCCCAGGUCAGCGACGUGACCCCCGCGGGCGACGUGGUGCUCUCCCCGGGCGCGCUCCUGACGCAGAGCACCACGCCGGAGAAGGAGAACGAGGAGGAGGAAGAGGAGGAGAAGAAGAAGAGCCAGGGGGGCGAGAAAGGGCCGGCCGGCGAGCAGAUCGGCGAGGGCGACGACAAGACGGCGAAGACGAAGAAGCGGAAGGACGGCGAGGACGUGCCCAAGUUCCAGCUGCUGGUGGUCGACCCCGAGGGCGGCUACGCCUCCGACAGCGUCGCCUGGCAGGUCAACGGCAACGCCCCGCCCGGCUCCUACAUGGUGGCCGCGCCCCCUCCGCCACCCUCCGCCCCCCUGGACAACGACCCGCCCGGAGAGCCCCGGAGGGACCCGACCGCGUGUCCGGCCUCCCCGCCGGCCCCCGGGGACUACCAGAGCCCCUACCUGCUCCCCGACACCAGCCCGGCGGCGCUGCCCAUGCCCCCCCUGUCCGACUACACCGUGGUCCAGGACGUGGACUCCCAGCACAGCCUGCUGCUCAACGCCUCCGAGCCCCAGCCCGCGCCCGCGCCCACCCCGGGCAAACACCUCCCCGCCAUGCCUGUCAUGCCCAUGGGCUACCUGAGCCCAGAGCUGCUGGGUAACCUCAUGCCCUGAGCUCCUGGUGCGCGUCGGUGGGAGGGAAAACAAAAAGGGAGCGGAGGAAACCAACACACUGGGUCGCAGGCAGUCUCAAUCUACCUUAAUAUCGCUUCAAACCAAAGUCGCAAUGGAUCGGUGGGGACAGUGACAUGAAGAGGAUUUCGGAGAGUUUGCGGUAAUUGUCAUUUUUGGAGCGAGCGCUUGUCGAGAGGACGGGACAGAGAGAGAGAGAGAGGGAGAGAGAGAGAGAGAGAGAUGGAGAGGUAGAUGUUUUGUCUGGCUGAAUGGAAUACGGUGGUGCUCAAGUCAUGGCUCAUGUCGGUAAACACAUUUGACUGUCAAAUUUCAUGCCUGGGAAAAUGGACACCCCUGUUCCACUAAAUCCUAAAAAAAAAGCGUGUGCAGACGCAGUGUACACACCAGCGCGGGUACACACGUCAAAGUCCAGACGGACGGCAAACGUACCAAUUGCCAAAGUGUCCUUUUGUGGACACAAAGGGCAUCGAUGAUUUUGCCAUUCAAAGAGAUGGUGACACAGCCUCUCAAUGAAAAUCAGCAGUUAAAUGAGGAUUUCAUUCACAUAUCCAGUCCAUCAAUAGUAAUAGAGUUUCAGUCUGCCUGGUAACAACAUGGAGAAUCUGACAACACUAGUUACGCCCAUCAUUAUGGGAUGGAUCUGUAAAACUGGACUUCACAAUAGAGAACAUAUGUACAAACAAACAAAAACACAUGCCCCACAUAGGACCUGAUGCAUAAAUACAUCAAGUGCGGAUUGCACAUUUGUGUUCCUUUCAGAAAUAAAGGAAUUCAGCUGUGGAGUUUGCAAAGAGGAAGCCAAAAUGAACAUGUCUUCUUAAUUAAGCUAAUGGUCUGGCAAGAAAUUGAUGGCUACAUUGCUAUUGAAUGUCUGUUCCUUGUUACACUAAUGUGCUAUGAGGAUUGAAAAUGCAAAUCAUAUUUUUCAACAUGUGAAAUACUUUCAUGUUCAGUAUUACCAUAUAAUGCCUAAAUGAUUGUUUUUAUAUACCGAAACUUAGUGUCUUAAUCAGAAGAGAAUGUCAUGGUAAUGCUAUGGCCUUUGUGCAAACUGACAUUUGGGACUUUGUCACAGAGCAAGCACAAACAUCAUUUGUGCACUUUUGAGCAAAUGGCAGGAGUAGAUGCUAUCCCCAGUCUGGUAUAGCUGCGCUAGUGAUGGGAUUUAGCUAGUAGUUAGUGUUUGAAAAUACAAAUUUUUGAAGGAAAAAAAAGUAUAUUGCAGAAGAGCUAUUUCUAUAGUUGCCCUUUGGUCAGAUUUUAGGACUGUAAAACUAAAAUGGUGAGAGUGACAUUUUUAUAUAUAAAUAUAUAUAAAAAAUGCAACUGUACUUGCUUUGCCCCCUUUUGUAGCAUAUAAAGCCAGUUUAUCUGUGAACAUACACAUACUUAUUCCAAUUACACAGCUAUGAUUAUUAGCAUGUUCUGGUGUUCGGGAAAUGUUUUUGAAAUGGGAAGUUUAGCGUAAACCUACACUACGUAUAAUUGUUAGGAAGCUCUAACUGGAAGUUGUGCCAAUGUGUUAUGUUUUAUAUGAUUUAUUUGACAUUUAUUUUCUACCUGUGUUUUAUGAAUAUUAUAUUUUUUCCCGCCAUACCGAGAGAGAGAGCUCUUUUAAUGUGUCUUGCAUCUGACACAUGAAGCUACAAUAUGUGCACAAAUACAAAGACCCAAUGCAUGCAAUAAAUGGAAAAUAUACAGAUACAUAUGACCGGAUCCCAGUUACAUGCAGCACAAUGCUUAAUGGUGUAUUUGUACAUGCAGGCGUAUAUAAAAACGAAGUUUAGGUUAUAGUCUAAAAGUGAAGCUUUCUUCUAAAAGGAAAACUGACAGCAGAUAGCUGAAAAGGCGUUGAGGUUUGCUUGUAGAUAUGAAGUUUGUACACACAAAAAAAAUAAGCUAGCAAGAGUAUAACAGUAAUGGAAGUAUGUGAAGUACAGUUAGGUACAAUGUUUGUGGGUUUACAUUCUAUGAAGGCUAUUAUCUCCUGUAUUAAAAUAUAGGCACUACAUGUAGAAUUAUGUUAUGGCUGUAAACAUACAAGCAUGAUGAGCAAUGUGCCAUGCUAUGUACUAUACAAACAAACUUGCCUUAUUGGUGUACAUCGAGCCUGAAACGAAUUGCUGCUUUUACUGCUGAUGAAACCAGCACGUCGAUGUCAAAACAGAUGUCUUAAUGAAUCACUAUUUCAUGCGUGGUCGAGCACUAUUGGCCUGGCUGUGCGUUUGAUGUGUCUUUCUGUAUACUUCUGCACUUCUGCUCACACAUCACUCUUGACUGUGUUAAUCGUCUCUGUUGUGUAGAUGCCUUUUCUGUACAUACAAAAUAUAUGAAGAAAAAUAAAUAUAUAUAUAUAUAUAUAUAUAUACAUAUAUAUAUAAAUAUAUAUAUAUAUAUAUAUAUAAAUGUCUAGAGGAAAUAAUAACAUUUAGAGUUAAGUCUUGUUUACAUGUUAGAAGAGGAUCAGAUUUACUGGCCGUGGACGUGGAAGGGACACAUGGGAACAGAGUGAUUGUAUUCAUGUAGUGUAAAAAUUCGACCACAGCAGUUCCAUGUAUAGGAGUGCGCUACGAUGUUUUCUAAACAGCAUUUUGGAGAGACCUGAGUCAUUUGUCAUUUACGUGCCAUUUACCUUUAAAGACUGUGAUGCAGGAGCAACUUUAAAGGUCUGAAACAUAAUAUAUAUUUGUAGCUUUCCUAUCUUCAGUGAUUUACUCCUCUUUUUUUGAUGCAAGCGUACCAGCGUCUGUGGAUUUGUUUGCCGUAUGAUGUUAAAUGUCAUAUCGAAGGAAGAAUGUGCCAAUGAAAAAUGGAGUUAUAUAAUGCAUUUAUUUUACAUCAGCAAAUGGUCUGGAAUAAACAUGUUUAGAAUAAC